CUCUCUCAGCCUUUCUCUCUGGAACACAUGAAAUUCGGAGGCUCUCCUCCCCAAACACGAGCACAGCAGUCAUCGAAGCGGCCGGAGAACCCCCCUCCCCACACAACAUGGCUACAAUCGCAACCUCGACCAGGUUUACCGACGAAUACCAGCUUUACGAGGAGCUCGGGAAGGGUGCCUUCUCCGUGGUGCGCAGAUGCGUGAAGAAAUCCACAGGCCAGGAAUAUGCUGCUAAAAUUAUCAACACAAAGAAACUAUCAGCAAGAGAUCAUCAGAAACUGGAACGAGAGGCCCGGAUCUGUCGUCUUCUCAAACACCCCAAUAUUGUCCGACUCCAUGACAGUAUUGCAGAGGAAGGUUUUCAUUAUCUGGUCUUUGACCUUGUGACUGGGGGGGAGCUGUUUGAAGACAUCGUUGCCAGAGAGUAUUACAGUGAGGCUGAUGCGAGCCACUGCAUCAAUCAGAUCCUGGAGAGUGUCAAUCAUAUUCACCAGCAUGACAUUGUGCACAGAGACCUCAAGCCUGAAAACCUGCUGUUGGCCAGUAAGAUGAAGGGAGCAGCAGUGAAGCUGGCUGACUUUGGGCUGGCCAUUGAGGUACAGGGAGACCAGCAAGCAUGGUUUGGUUUUGCAGGCACCCCUGGCUACCUAUCUCCAGAGGUCCUGAGGAAGGACCCCUAUGGGAAACCUGUGGAUAUUUGGGCCUGUGGUGUGAUCCUAUAUAUUCUGCUGGUGGGCUAUCCUCCAUUUUGGGAUGAAGAUCAGCACAAGCUGUACCAGCAGAUCAAGGCUGGGGCUUAUGAUUUUCCUUCGCCUGAGUGGGACACAGUCACUCCUGAGGCCAAGAACCUCAUCAACCAGAUGCUGACCAUCAACCCAGCCAAGAGGAUCACUGCUGAGCAGGCCCUGAAGCACCCAUGGGUCUGCCAACGGUCAACAGUGGCAUCCAUGAUGCAUCGCCAGGAGACUGUGGAGUGCCUGCGCAAGUUCAAUGCUCGGAGAAAACUCAAGGGAGCCAUCCUCACCACUAUGCUGGUUUCCAGAAACUUUUCAGUGGGCCGGCAGCAUACCAGCCCUGCUGCUCCCACCACCAGCACUGCCGCGCUUGCACAGGAAGCAUGCAAAAGUUUACUCAACAAAAAAUCUGGUGAUGGGGUUAAGCCCCAGACAAACAACACUAAAAACAGUGUAGUGAGUGCCGUAGUGAGUGCCCUGAAGGAGAGCAACACAGCCUCCUCUACACCAAUGGAGCCGCAGACUACGGUAGUGCACAACCCAGCAGAUGGCACCAAGGGCUCCACAGAGAGCUGUAACACCAAUGAGGAAGAGGAUAUGAAAGGUAGGAAAGCGGAGAGUGCUCAGGGGGCCAGCAGUGACAGUGCGGUGAUGAGUCAGUGCAGUGCCGGGGACGAGCCGCCCGCUCUGGUGGCCUCGCCACAGGCCUCUCCAGCCACUCUGGUGCAUGACAUAAAGCGCAUGGCGUGGAACAGUUCAGGACACGCUUCGUGCCCAGAGUUAGAGUGUGCUCAGUCUGUUCCUCAUGCCACAUCUCAGGGGGGCAGCAAUGUGUCUGCAACUGCAGCAAGUGGGGCCGCAGCCCAGUCUCGUAAGCAGGAGAUCAUCAAAAUCACAGAGCAACUGAUCGAAGCUGUGAACAAUGGAGACUUUGAAGCGUACACGAGAAUCUGUGACCCUGGCCUGACCUCAUUCGAGCCUGAAGCUCUGGGUAACCUGGUGGAAGGGAUGGACUUCCACAAGUUUUACUUUGAAAACUUGUUAAGUAAGAACAACAAGCCGGUGCACACCACCAUCCUGAACCCCCAUGUUCACCUGAUUGGAGAAGAUGCAGCUUGCAUUGCAUAUAUCCGGCUGACGCAGUACAUCGACAGCCAGGGCCGUCCGCGCAGCUGCCAGUCUGAGGAGACCCGCGUGUGGCACCGCCGAGACUCAAAGUGGCUCAAUGUGCAUUUCCACUGCUCAGGAGCGCCAGCCGCACCCUUACAGUGAACACUGCGGGACAAAGGUUGUCCGGAUUCUUGAGUGAUGGGAGUGUUUCUUCUUUGUGGCCGGAUGGGCACAUUGAGGCCGGCUGGACGACAGCAAGCUACAGAACAUGCCAUUGAAGAAUUUCGAUAACAUCCAGUCCAACUGUCAACACCACCUAUCCUGUUUAACCUUUGACCAAUAGGAGCCGGCCGCGGCUGUGGCCCCACCCUCGGGACGGUGCAUGCAUCUGACGCCCACAUGGGGGCGCUGUCUAGUCCUUACCCAUGGAACCAUCUUUUUUGCCCGUUAAAGAUGUCUAGAAGGUGUUGUAAGUACUGAUCUAUGAAUUCAUAAAUAUACUGUAUAUUGUUAAAAAAAAAAGCUACAAUCAAGUUUGAAAAGCAUUUAUGUAAGUAAAAUGGAACGGGGGUGGGGAGGGGAGGGUCACUACAUAAAAAAACAACAAUAAAAAAAAACAAAAAACAAAAACAAAGAUAGACUCUUGCCCUAAACUGGUAAAGUUUAUAAGGGCGUAAUCUUAAUCCUCCAUCUUGUACACUUUGUAGAUUUUGGAUACAAAUUGUUUAGAGAAUUAAGGGAAUGUGUCAACUAAUCAGAAAGAGUGUCAUUAACAAAAAAAACAAAACAAAACAAAAAAAACAUUGGGAGAGUACAGACGUACUUCAUAUCAAGAAGCACCAAAGUGUAGUCUUUAGGCUUUUAAAAGAGUGUUUCUGUGUGCUUUUUUUUAAACUUUAAACCAAGGUCUGUGGGAAGGUUUGAGUUUUUCUGGGUGUUAGUAUUGUGUGUUAAUGUGGAACUCUUUUCUUUCUUUCUUUCUUGCUUUUUUUUCCUUUUUUUUUUUGGACUGAGGCUGUAUCAGACAGAAAGUAUUUUGUGUUACGUAAUUUGAAUUUUUAAGACUAAUUUUAAAGCUUUUUUUUUUUUUUAAGUUAAACUUAAUAUACGUGUAAAGUUCUAUAAAUAUAUAUUUAAAAGAGAUCAAGUGAAAUAAGGUUCACCUCCAGGGUGUGGGGAAAACAGUUUUUUUCCUGUGGCUCUGUUGUGCGUGUGUGUUUGUGUGCGUGCGUUUGUAUGGACUUACUAAUAAACUUAGACACGCCACACUAUUCUAUUACCUUAGGUAGACCGCUCCAGCUCUAGUUGAAUGCGUACCGGAGAGUGUUUAAUAGCCCGAGCGAACAGACCGAGCUCUGUCUAAAUAGCACUAAGUACUACUACUAGUCCUAGAGAGGCCCUUCUGUUUUACUUUAGUUUUCAUAGAUAGGAAUAAAAACACUCAGCCUGCCUCUCAAAACCCAUUUUAGAGUCAGAAUUCAUGGUACUGAUGGUCAACUGCCUACCACAUUGAGAUACUAUAUUUAGCAACAUGGCACAAGCUCAAAGAAAGCAAGAUUGUGGAGAUAACGUCUGUUUGACAUUGAGGUGUUUCAAAUGCUAGCCUGAAACCACUCUUAGGCAAGUGCUGGGAAGUUGGUGUGGUGGAAGUAAACAGAGGCUGGAGCACAGGCCAAGGAUGUGAAACAUUCUCCUCAAAUGAGAUCAUCACACACUGCCUCUUCAUAGACAGAACAAUACACCCACACCCAGAUCCACACAUGCACACACACUCUUAGUGGAACUGUUCAAGUUUGUGGCUGUUUCUACUCAUGGUGGUCUUGUCUGAAUCACCCUGUCCUAAAUGUGUUGUACUUGUGGUUCACAUUGGUGAUGGGUUUGUACACUUGUUAAUGCUGUGUAGUACACACAUUAAAUCCAUCAUUAACAUGAAGUGAGAGGGUAAAUCUCCUCACUUUACAUGAAAAGUGACAUGCAUUCAGCUUUUAAGAUCACUCGUGAUUUACUCAUCUUUCUUUAAACAUGAGUCAGACAUGUUUUCUGAAGAAUUACAGGGUUUAAGGCUUUGGUUAUUAUGAAUUAAGCUUAUGGUUCUUGUUACAGCACAAUUAGCUUGUUCCAGCUUUGAUGAGAGGUGGUUAAAAAAUAAAUUAAAAAAUAACUAUUCAUGUCACAUGCUUCGUUUCAAUAGGAUAUUGGUAAGCAGCAAUGUAAAGUGUUCUGGAAAAAGGACAAACAUAAAUUUAUAUAUAUAUAUAUCUCCACCCCCCUCUGCGGAAUAAAGGAUUAUUAUAGUUGUUUUUUUGUUUUUUAAACAAAAGAGUUCUCAGUCUGUGUAAAUACAUGUAGUGUUCACACAUCCUUCAUCGAGUGUAGGGCUUUGGUACAUAUCAGCACUGUAACUCUGCACGUGUGAGUGUGUGUAUGUGUGCGUCACCUUCAUCACAAAGCCCUCUUAGUGACGUCAUCAGACUCUGUGAUGCUGUUUUAAGCUUGUAUUUUGUUUUAUUUUUUUGUUUUUUUGUUUAUUUUUUGCGCUUUUUGGGGAACUGCUGCCUUGCCUGGCUGAGUCAGAGUUACUUUUUUAUUUUUAUUUUUUAAAUCCAUCCAAUAGCUCCGUAGAAACCGAAGGGAAAAAAAAAACAAAAGUGGACACACUAAACCAUAGGCUAUUUAGACAUAUAAAGCAAAAUCUACCCCCUGCCCAAAAGCUAGGAAUGAACACUGGGCCAGGAUCUACCCAAUGUGAGGGGAAAUCCUAAUAUGCAGCUUAAAUAAAGGAACGAAUAUGCAUGUCUACUUUUUCUUGGUAAAUCUUUUUUCAACUGUCUGUGUUUACUUGAUUCAAAUGGGGAAAAUCUGUUAUAGUUGCAUCUCUGAAAUGAAAACCACUCCAUUUGGGGAUUAUACAUAAGUGAUAUACCACGUUUAAAAAGAAAAAAGUAAAAAAAAAAAAUUAAACAGAAGUCUCAGCUUGGAAUGCUCCCCUCAUUCAGAGUAAAACUAUUGCAUUGUAAUGGUAUACUAUUGGGCUACGUAUAUACUCGGAGUUAAAACAUGGAUGCUGGAUUUUGCAUGAUCAUACAUUUAAUAAAACCAUGAAUUGACAACUA